AUGAACGCGUUACCAGCUCAACCGAUUGGCAUACAGAGUACAGCAGGAGCUGUGCCUAUUCGAAAUGAGAAAGGUGAAAUUUCUAUGCAAAAGGUUAAGGUACAGAGGUACAUAUCGGGAAAAAAGCCAGACUACGCGCAAGGAGCCUCAUCUUCAGAAGAAUCUGAUCUAGAUGAUUUUAUUGAACAACAGAAACCAGAAAGAAGGCAACAAACUCUACCUCAAAUUAUCGCUAGAAAGGAGGAAAGUGAUUCAGAAAAAGAAGUUGACGAUCCUCGUCUCCGACGUUUAAGACAAGCGGCAAAGUCGCCACCGAGGAGAACAGAGCACAAGCCAGAGAUAAUAGAUGCAGAACCUGAACCAGAAACAGAAAGCAGUGCUAAUGAGGCUAAAGAUAGUUCUGAGAGUGAAGAUGAACUCGAUGAAGAGGAAAUUGAGAAAAGAAGACAAGCUCUCAAGGCUAAACUUGCUGCAAGGGAGGCUGAAAAAGAAGUUCUUGGGCGGGAUGAAGAUGAGGAAAUGUUGGAUGGAGACAAAGAAGAAAGUGGUUCUUCCGACACAGAGUAUACAGACAGUGAGGAGGACACAGGCCCUCGCGUCAAGCCGGUAUUCGUCAGAGCAUCAGAAAGAAUGACAGUAGCAGAGCGAGAGCGUAAAGUAAAACAACAGAAAAAAGAAGAAGCUGAAGCAAAAAAAGAGAAAGAAGAGCGGAGACGAGAAGCUUUAAAACUUGUUGAGGAAACUAUCAGAUCGGAACAGAAAAGGAUGGAUGGUGAACAGAAAGAAGGUAAUAUCAAUGACGUCUGUACCGACGAUGAAAACGAUGAGCUGGAAUACGAGGCAUGGAAGCUGCGUGAAAUGAAGCGGAUCAAGCGGGACAAAGAAGAAAGAGAAGCUGCUGAGAAAGAGUUGCUGACAAUAGAACGUAUGCGCAAUAUGAAUGACGAGGAGCGGCGCGUGGAGUUGCGUCUCAAUCCGAAGCAAGUCACAAAUAAAGCUGUCAAAGGAAAAUAUAAGUUCUUACAGAAGUAUUAUCACAGAGGUGCGUUUUACUUGGACAAGGAGGACGAAGUAUUCAAACAAGAUUUUUCUGGCGCAACGUUGGAUGAUCAUUUCGAUAAGACUGUUCUGCCUAAGGUGAUGCAAGUCAAGAAAUUUGGUCGUUCUGGCCGUACAAAGUAUACUCAUUUGGUUGAUCAAGAUACUACAGAGUUUGACUCCGCGUGGAGUAACGAAGGCACAGCUGCAAGACUGGCCAACUUUAGGGGUGGUAUGAAGCAAGUGUUUGAAAAGCCUUCUGCUAAAAGGAAACAUAAUGUGUGA